ACCGCGGCGCGCGCGCGUGCGUGCUAUCAUGUGUAAAUUGUGACGCAACGUGCUUAUGAAGAUGUCACUGUGCAACACUUUCAGGUUAUUCGUUGUAAGCUUGAUUAUCGUGUUGUCAAGUAUUGACACACCAGCAGCAUUCACGCUCCGUCGCACUGCGGGCGGCGGCGAGUCGAGCCGAGAUCUUGCUCAAGAAAGCGUUUCGUUUGAAAUAAAAAGUGAGCUUAAAGGAUCAACUAGCACUCAGUCGACUUUAAGACACAAUGAUAAUUUAUUAUUGAACACAACCUUGUCGACGACUGGAAAAGGUAAUGAAGUACAAGGGCUUGUUAAUAUUGAUGCCUAUGAAAUUAUAGAAUCGAAUAAUACACAAACACCAACUGCAGAAAGUCAAGUUUCAAGUUCCGAUUCGAUCGAUUUAGCGCAAGUAAAUAGCACUGAAACGACAACGGAACCUGUAACAACGAGCGUUAUCAAAAAUGAGUCAGUCAACGAAAGCACGCAGACAUUAGACGAAUUCAAUAAUGAACCCAAAGCAAUUACUAGCAAUACCAGGAAAGUUGAAUUUAUUCAAAAUGAAACUACUGCUGUAUCUGAUUCAACUGAUACGAUAACCGAUUCAACUUUCAAAUUAGAUGAGCCUGAAAUCACAACAUCUUACGAAUCGGGAAAUCUACCAACAUGGAAAAAAUAUACGACGAUUCAAAGAAAACGUCCAACAACUAUAAUAGCCGAUGACGAAGCUGCUCCAAUAAAUAAAACAGAAGAAAUGAUUAAAGCUGAAACAAAACCAUUGAGAGUUUCUCUUCAGGAUACUGUUACCUCUGAUAUACCGUCAUUAGAAAAAUUAAAAAAUGAGCUUUUAAAUUCCACUUUAAAAGAUCGAGUGUUGGAGAGUGAAACUGAAACAGUGAGUUCAGUUUCAACGGAAAUAGAUACGCCUCCAGUACAGUCUUUAAAUAAAUGGGACACAUUCGAAUCAAAAAGAGCUGGAUAUUUGGAUUUAUCGGAGAAAGUGUCAAAUGAGCGGACUUCAUUAGGAACUCCCGAAUUGAAAGUAAAUUCUAAAGAAACUAUACGUACAAUGUUUGACAUCGAAAGUUUUGUAACCGAUAUGGCAGAGGAAAAAAUUGAAAACAGAGAGUCACAGAGUCAACUGAACGAAGACGCUAUUAAGGAAGAGCUUCUGAAAGAAAAAAUAAUAAAUGAACAUAAUGAAAAUGCUGAUAGAUUCGAUCCAACAAUUCAACCUCUUGAUACAGAUAACUCAAAUGAUACUUCAAUGCAAAUUAAUGAUUCUAACGAACUGAGUGUAAAACCGAUAAACAGUGAAAAAGUAAAAAAUACAACGUUGUAUGCGGUAAAUCCUAAUUACAAGCCAUUGAAAAAAAUAGAAGUGCAAGCACCUAAGCAAUUUGUUAGAGACCCCGACGACAAUAGCUGGAGGAAUGAAAGCUUAAGCUCGUUAGGAAUAGUUUUUAAACCAAAGAAUUCUUCAAAACCUUUCACUCAAGUCUUAAAAAAUAAGACAGAAUCAGAAUGGAAUAGUUUAUCGGAGAAAGACAGCAAAAAUGAUAUACCUGAUCUAAAAGAACGAUUACAGAAAAUGGCUGAAAUGAGAAAGUCUAAACGAAAGAAAACAGACUCAUUCGGAAAUAUUCUUUACUUUGAUUAUGAAGAAAAUAGCAGUUCAGGGGAACAUAACACAAAAGACCAACCGUUGUCAGCUGUUACAUCUUCUGCAGAAUUUCGAACGACUGUCGACGCAUUUAACGAACAUAGCAGCAAUUCAUCAGAAGUAACAGAUGUCACUACACCUAAUAUUUUCACAACGGAGCAAUCAAGAGGUAAAAUAAGAAAUUCAUAUUCAACCAGGAAGUUUAGAAAAUUCUUCAACGUUCCUGAAUACUACGAUAACACUGAUGAGGACGAUGCCGACUAUUUGAAUAUGGCUAAAAUAGAUAUUAAAAAGUUCACAACUUCGCCCAAAACAGUUCCAACCACGACGCCAGCGCCAACACAACGGCCGUGGCCAUUCAACAAAUUAUCACACACAAUAUCACCUGAACGUAAAGCUACCAUACAGUAUUUCCCACCACUCUCCACCCAAAAAGUUAACAUUAACGAUUACGACAGCGAUUUUAAAUAUAAAGUUAACUCGUUUACUAAUACUGAACCGCCAACGAAUAUUUUACCAGCGUCACUAGAUAAACCAUUAUCUCUAGACAAUUCUCUCCAAUAUAAAACACAAAACAAUGAAAAAGUUAAACCUUAUGAGAUAGCGACUAAACCCGAUUUUGAUAGAAAUUCUUACUAUUCGACACAACGACCACCACACGCGACUCAAACCGAAUUCACAUUAGUGAACAGUGAAGGAAAUUACGAUAGAGAUUCGUAUGUUAUUAGGCAUUAUAAAGACUUCCUAAGCGAGGCAGCAAAGGAUAAUGACUUCGAUAAGCAUAUAGAUUACGUGCCGUACACGAAGGUUCCACCUCAAGAAGUUACCCCGACUGAUCUCAUAACGUAUGUGACGGAGAAAGAAAAAACGAACAUAGACAACGAGUAUGACUAUGAAGCACAAUUUCGUAAAGAUGUCUUACAGAGAUUCGUUGAUAGUUUCAAUCAAAAUAGCGAACGCUACAAAUCUGAUUUCCCAAUUUUAUUUAACAACAGCGUCAUCCAUAGAGACACAGAGAACGGUAGACAUAUCGCUUCGUCGAGGGCGUUUAUGAGAGGCCUCUAUAACACUCAUUCGAAGACGAAACACGCUCAUAGGGAAUCUUACGAUCCGAAUAAUGAAAAUAUGACUGUAGAACUAUCGCCGUCUUACGAGUUACAUUAUUACAUGCCCGAGCAGGAAGAAAAAGAAGUAGCGGUCCCGCAACCAGUUACACUGCCAUACCAAUAUAGAUUAUGAAAUUGAUUGAAACAUAACGAAGUUUUACUGGUAAUAUAUCUUCAUUAAAUCCUAGAAGCUAUGAUGCCUUUAGGUUUAAUAUUUUUGUUGAUAUUAUAUUUAUUACAUAAAAUAAUUUAGGUAAAAGAAACAAUCGGUUGUUUAAGAGAGUGAUGUUUUUUUUGUGAAGUAAAAUAUAUAAAUAUAAAAAAGGCCUCGGUUAGUUUGUAAAUAAAAUUAAACGAAAUCAUAUUAAUGUUUAUAAUCAUGUCAUAAGAUUGAAUCUAAGGUUAAAUGUGAUGUUAGCUUUAGGACGUUACGUCAUCUAUGCAUCGUGUGAGAUGGGACUGCACUCAAAGAUUUUUUUAUUGUGAUAGCGUGUCAUGAAAGAA